GAGAGAGAGAGAGAGAGAGAGAGAGAGAGAGGGUGCCAUGGGCAGGUCUCCAUGCUGUGAGAAAGCACACACAAACAAGGGGGCAUGGACCAAGGAAGAAGACGAACGGCUCAUUGCCUACAUCCGUGCUCAUGGUGAGGGAUGCUGGCGCUCCCUACCGAAAGCGGCGGGCCUGCUACGUUGUGGCAAGAGCUGUAGGCUCCGUUGGAUCAACUACCUCCGCCCCGAUCUCAAGCGAGGCAACUUCACCGAUGAAGAGGACGAGCUCAUCAUUAAGCUCCAUAGCCUUCUCGGUAACAAAUGGUCACUGAUAGCAGGACGGCUACCAGGGAGAACUGAUAACGAAAUCAAGAACUAUUGGAACACCCAUAUCAGGAGAAAGCUAUUGAGUCGAGGAGUGGACCCAUCUACCCAUCAGCCAAUCCACGACCACCCAAUUUCAGACAUCACCAUCUCUUUCACCAAAGAAGAGGAGAAAGACGUUGGAUUCAGCCACCUGGACGAUAAGAUCAAGGGCCAAGAAACGCCCCACCGGUGUCCGGACCUCAACCUUGAACUGUGCAUCAGCCAACCUUCUUAUCAACAACAACCUCCAGAGCCCUUGAAGAGUGGGAGAAGCCUUUGUUUCUCCUGCAGCUUGGGCUUGCAAGAGAGCAAGGAUUGCAGUUGUAAUAGCUUCUUAGGCCAACAAACAGGGGUGUUGGAUUACAGAAGCCUGGAAAUGAAGUGAAAUGGAAUUCGAAUGUAUGCAAUUGAAAUGUGCCAAUGACACCUAUUUUCUCUUUCUUAUUUUUAUGCAAUUAUUGGCAUAUAACCAAAGUGGACAGCAUAUUAUCUCA